GCGACUCAUCAGCAUGUGUGUACCGAUCGACAGUAUAUCGUUUCAAGCUUGCGGGUCGAUCUUGAAAUCACCGACGAGUUAUCCGUAUCGCUGAAGCCACGCAUUGGCGCCUCGAAUCCACACGUACAGAGCCUCAGGCCAAAACGACAUAAUGUCAGCGCCCAUGAACUUCUCAAUCCCCGACGAUCUCAAAAAGUACCUUGCCGACCUCGACGCCUUCAUCGAAACCACCAUCCUCCCGCUCCAACACAAAGAUGACAAUGACCGCUUCUUCGACCACCGGCGCGAGCACGCGCGCACAGACUGGGACGCCGGCGGCCUGCCACGCAAAGAAUGGGAAGACCUGUUGUCUGAAUCGCGGCGGCUCGCCGACGAAGCGGGCUUUUACCGUCUCUCGCUGCCAAAGCAGUACGGUGGGCAGAACAGCGAGGAUGGGCGCGGGAGUAAUCUGUGGAUGGCGGUGAUAAGAGAACACCUGGCGGCGAAGGGGCUGGGACUAUUUAAUGAUCUGCAGAAUGAGCAUAGUAUGGUGGGGAACUUCCCGGAUGUUAUCAUGUUGAUGAACUUUGGGAGUGAGCAACAGAAGGCUGAGUUGAUCCCAGCGCGACUGAGAGGAGAGUUUAGGAUGACGUUUGGAUUGACAGAGCCCGGGCAUGGGAGUGAUGCGACGCAUAUGGGUACCAAGGGUGUGCCGAAGAGGCAGAAUGGUGUUGAUGGAUGGCUGCUGAAUGGGCAUAAGAAGUGGCAGACGGGUAUGCAUCAUGCGACGCAUUGCUCAGUCUUUGCAAGGACGAGUGGGAAGGAUGGACAGGUGAAGGGGAUAAGUUGUUUCAUUGUGCCGAGGGAUACGCCGGGUUUGAAGGCAGAGUCGUAUGAGUGGACAUUGAAUAUGCCGACCGAUCACGCCACCGUCUCGAUCAAGGACGUCUGGGUUCCUGAGAGCGCGGCCCUGGGACCUAUCCACAACGGCCUGGGCGUCGCACAAGCCUUCGUCCACGAGAACCGCAUCCGUCAAGCCGCCUCCUCACUCGGCGGAGCUGUAUACUGCAUCCAGCAGUCCGUCGAAUACGCGAAUGAACGCGCGCCUUUCGGCACACCGCUCUCACACAACCAAGGAAUCCAAUUCCCGCUCGUCGAGCUCGCAACACAAUGCGAGAUGCUGCGACAGUUGAUCCGCAAGACAGCGCUGGAAAUGGACUCGAUGCCACACAACGAGAUUGAGAAGAGAAUCGGUGAUAAAGUGUCCAUGUGUAACUACUGGGCGAACAGGCUGUGUACACAGGCUGCUGAUCGCGCGAUCCAAGUCCACGGCGGCAACGGAUAUUCGAGGCACUACCCAUUCGAGCACAUCUGGCGGCACCACCGGCGGUAUAGGAUUACCGAGGGAAGCGAGGAGAUACAGAUGCGCAAGAUCGCAGCAUAUUUGUUUGGCUUCGGUGGGCGGAAGAGCCUGGUAGACGCUACCAAGCAGGAGUCAAAGCUGUAGUUUACAUGCAAUCCGAGUUCGACGCGUGCAAUGUACUUGUCCGUUGCGGUCCUUGAUCGUGAGACGGGUCCAAGAAGUCGAAGGUUCUUCAUCAGAACAUUUAACAUACCCUCUCAUUGUGAUCAGGAAGAGCAAUCAUUUCAC